CCUGUGUAAUUUAUUUCUUUUCUUAUACUUGCUUACUCCAUGUCUUAUGUAUUUAUUUAGAGUUAUUAGUUGUCCUAAAUUAAUAUUAAUAUAUAUUAGAUGAAAAUACUUCUUAGUGAACAAAAUAGACACUACAUCCUGAUUGGUAUUUUAUAACAUCGGUAGAUUUAAAUGAACAACAUACAUUUAUUCUCCAUAUCACCUGUGCUCCUGAUUUUAAUUUGUCAGAUUUAUAUUUCAAGUAUUUUUCAGACUUGUAAACAGUUUUAUUAAUUAUUUGCUGUUUCAUCUCAGUGACUAAGACCAUUAUAAAAGACAAUGUUAGAUUUUAGAGGAUAAAUGCGCGAGAGAAUUUCGGAUAUAGUGUUUGUUUCCAGACAGGAACUCAUUUCUCAUGUCAUGGAGGUUAGGAGAUCACAGGCCAGCAAGACUAGUGAUGGAAGUGACUACUAGUGACUACUCAUCCUUUUAAUGAAGCCUAAACAAAAGCUUGAACCACUGUUUCAAAGUAAAUGAUUCAUAAAACGUUCACACACACACACACACACAUUGGUAUUUGUGGUUAAUGAGGACUCUACAUGGGCGCAAUGCUUUUUAUACUCUACAGACUGUGUAUGUGUUACUGUACUACACUUAAACCUUCCCCUUAAAGGAAACUAAUAGCAUUUUUAGAUUUUCAAAAAAAAAAACAAUAUUUAGUAUGUUCUUUAAGCCUUUUGAAUUAUGAGGACAGGAGGAGUUUAAGUAUCUUGUGGUCUUGUUCACGAGUGAGGGAAGGAUGAACGAGAGAUCGACGGACGGAUCGGUGCAGCUUCUGCAGUAAUGUGGUCUCUGUACUGGUCUGUCGUUGUGAAGAAGCUCUUGAUUUACCGGUUGAUCUGCGUUCCUACUCUCACCUAUGGUCAUGAGUUUUAGAUCCUGGAUACAAGCGGCUGAAAUGAGUUUCCUCCGCAGGGUGGCUGGGUGCUCCCUUAGAGAUAGGCUGAGGAGCUCGGUCACCCGGGAGGAGCUCGGAGUAGACCCGCUGCUCCUCAACAUCAAGGUGUUCCAGGCGUGUCCCACCAGGAGGAGGCCCCGGGGAAGACCUAGGACAUGCUGGAGAGACUCUCUCGGUUUUCCCUGCUGGCCUGGGAACGCCUCUGUGUUCUCCCGGGAGAGCUGGAGGAAGUGUCUGGAGAGCCCUGCUUAGACUGCUGCCCCCGAGACAUGGCCCUGGAUGAGCGGAAGAAGAUGGAUGGAUGAAAAACCUCGACAGAGCUCGAAAUGUAACCAGAGCGCUGUGUGCCGGGAUGAUGAUGAUGAUGAUGAUGGUGGUGAUGCUGAUGAAGAUGUCUCGGUGUGGCCGGUAGGGAGAGUUAGAGAGAGCCCGAGUGAUUCUGACAGAGUUGGAGCUUCAGUCCUGACACAGCACCGCUGCAGUGCUCCAGAGACACCCCGCUAUAACCGCUGACACGGACCCGAUGCUGCUGCUCCUGAGCCGGGCUCUGCUGCUCUCUGUCCUGCUGGAGGCUCAGCUGGGCUCCUCCGGCGUCUGCAGGCCUGGUUUCUCCGAGGACGUCUACACCGUGGUGAUGCCGGAGCGAGUGGUCCCGGGCCGGGCCCUGAUCACUGUGAAGUAUGUGGACUGUGGCAGAGGAGCUGAUGUCAGGUUUGAAUGCAGUCCUCCUGGAGACUUCGGGAUAUCGGUGGAUGGGGUUGUGUUUGCCCUGCGUCCACUCCAUCGCUCCCUCUCCUGGACAUCACCUCUGCUCAUCAAAGCCCAGGAUGAAGCCACCCAGCAGCAGUGGCAGACGCAGGUCAGACUGCUUCCAGCCAGAGACCUUCUAGGCACGGAUCGACACAUGCUCAGUGGAGAUGUACCAGAAAUAGUGUUUCCUUCACGACAGAUAGACGUGUUUCUCAAACGCACUAAGCGAGAUUGGGUUAUUCCUCCUAUUAAUGUGGCAGAAAACUCAAGAGGGCCUUUCCCAAUGAAACUGGUCAGGAUUCGCUCAGAUAACGAUGAGAAGGUGAGUUUGCGUUACAGCGUGACAGGUCCCGGUGCUGACCAGCCGCCCACUGGAGUAUUCUCCAUCGACCCCAUCUCAGGCCUCCUGACGGUCCUCAAGCCGCUGGACCGCGAGCACCUGCACAUCUUCAACUUGAGGGCACACGCUGUGGAUUUGAAUGGUAAUCAGGUGGAAAACCCCAUCGACGUCAUAAUCAACGUUAUUGAUAUGAAUGACAACCGACCAGAGUUCAUCAAGCAGAUCUGGAACGGAAGUGUUCCUGAAGGAUCUAAACCAGGCACAUCAGUGAUGACGGUGACGGCAGAGGACAAGGAUGAUGCCACGACUCUGAACGGUCAACUUCGCUAUAAGAUUGUGUCUCAAAACCCUGACGCCCCCAACCCAAACAUGUUCACCAUUAACAACCGGACGGGGAGCAUCAUCACUGUCGCUGCCGGCCUUGACCGAGAGAAAGUGCCUCAGUACACACUGAUUAUUCAGGCCACUGACAUGGAAGGAAACCCCAUGUACGGUCUCUCUAACACAGGCACUGCUGUAAUCACCAUCACAGAUGUCAACGACAACCCUCCAGAGUUUACUUCUGAGACCUUCUUUGGCACAGUACCAGAGAACCAGGUCAAUGUUAUUGUGGCCAACCUGACUGUAACAGACAAAGACCAGCCCAACACAGCAGCGUGGAAGACCAUCUACAAAAUAACCGCCGGUGACCCCAUGGGCCACUUCUCUGUCCCCACUGAUGCUCUUUCUAAUGAAGGCCUGGUGACAGUCAUUAAGCCCGUUGACUAUGAGAUCAACAGAUCCUUUGUGCUGACGGUGGUGGCACUGAACGAGGUUGCUCUGGAUAAAGGCCUCCGUCUGCCCCGUCAGUCCACGGCCACCGUCUCCAUUCGUGUUACGGAUGUCAACGAGAGCCCAUAUUUUCAACCCAACCCUAAAGUGCUGCGACUGCAGGAGGGCAUGCAGGCCGAGUCAGAGGUCACGACCUUCACCGCUCAGGAUCCAGACCGCUUCGAGCAGCAGAGCCUCAGGUACAGCACGCUGUCUGAUCCUGCGAACUGGCUGAGGAUCGAUCCCAUCAGUGGACGGAUCACAACCAUUGCUGUUUUAGACCGAGAGUCUCUGUUUGUUCAAGACAAUGUCUACACGGCUAUGUUCUUCGCUAUUGACAGUGGGGUUCCUCCGGCCAGCAGCACCGGGACUCUGCAGAUCCUUCUACUGGACAUAAACGAUAAUGCUCCAGAGGUUUUCCCACCAGAGGCAGAGAUGUGUGAAAAACCUGAGAACAACGGCAUUAAUAUUACAGCGCUGGAUGCAGACAUGGAUCCCAACGCUGGACCCUUCUCCUUUGAGCUGCCUGUACAUCCCAGCGAUGUGAGGAAGAACUGGACGAUCACGCGUCUUAGUGGUGAAUACGCACAACUCUCUCUGAAAAUUGAUUUUCUGGAGAGUGGGGUCUAUCAGAUUCCCAUUAUAAUCACAGACUCCGGUGACAUGGCGCUGUCCAACACCUCAUAUCUGCGUGUGAAGGUGUGUGUGUGUGAUCAUAACGGCGACUGCACGGAUCAGGACCGGAUCAUGAGCGCUGGACUCGGCACCGGAGCCAUUAUUACCCUGCUGCUGUGUGUCCUCACCCUCCUCAUCCUUGUGUUGUUGUUUGUCAUGUGGAUGAAGAAGAAAGAUAAAAAACGACUGGUCAAGCAGCUGCUGAUCGACCCAGAGGAGGACAUAAGAGACAACAUCCUGAAAUAUGAUGAAGAGGGAGGAGGAGAGGAAGACCAGGAUUAUGACCUGAGCCAGCUGCAGCAGCCAGAUUUAGAGGCUGAGGAUCUCACGGGUAUUGGUAUUCGUCGACUGGAUGAGAGACCCCUGCACCCCGAGCCUCAUUACCCCAUCAGAUCCAGCGCUCCUCAUCCUGGAGAUAUCGGAGACUUCAUCAGUGAGGGACUGAGAGCUGCUGAUAAUGACCCUAGUGCUCCACCGUACGACUCCCUCUUAGUGUUUGACUAUGAAGGUACCGGAUCAACAGCAGGCUCGCUCAGCUCCAUCAACUCAUCUAGCAGUGAUGGAGACCAGGAUUACGAUUACCUCCAUGACUGGGGUCCGCGCUUCACCAAACUAGCUGACAUGUAUAGCGGAACAGACGAGUGAAAGACGGCUUUGUUCCUCGUUUCAGUGGAUGAAGACGCUGCAGAUAUGGGUUUAUAUGUCAAUACAAGCAAACGCAAGUUUCCAAGGCUAAAUGUCCAGGCUUAAAGUAAUAGUACAUAGAUUGUAGAGUAUGAUACAUGCUCGCCUACACUUGAACUUUACAGUAUAGAAGCACAGGGAUUUAAUGUGCCUUUUUGUACAUUUUUGUGAUCUGAUUGAUUUAUGUUCAAGGCUUUAAUUACACUUAAGGAGUGAUUUUGAGACUUCAGGAUGUGUUUAGCUAAGAAACAAAUGAUUGUGCUUUUCUCUUUUGGUUACAAACUGCUUUUCAAAAAAAUAUUUAACUUUUUUUGUCAUAAAGUGAAGAUUCGCUGGCAGAACAGACAAAGUGUACACUAUGCAGUUCAAUAGAUUCUUAAUUAAAAUAUUUUGUUCAACAAUUUAACAUGCACAUAGUUUGAAAUAAAAAGAGAUGUAACUUAAGCAUUUCUAACUUUCCUACAUUAAUGUUGCAUUGUACACAUGCUACACAGUAAAGAAAAUGUGUUUUAUGCAUUAAACAAAUAGAAUGAAUUUCUAAAUGACA